UACGAACCAAACAAAACCCAAUCAGUAUAAUCUCUCAUGCGGGUGCUGAAAAAGGUGAGCAGCCACUUUAUGGCAAACAUAAAUAAUAUUCCCCAAUGCCAAAUUUAAGCCAUCGCUUUGAGAAAUUGUGAAUAGAGAAGAAGAAAUGAGAAUGAGAAGAUCAUCUUCAACUGCAGCAUCAUCAUCAUCACUUUCUCACAUACAAUUUCCAACCUCAGCUGCUCAGCCUUCUACUAAUGGUAAUGGAGGAGAAAAUGAAAUCACACACUACACACACUCAAAUCACCCACUCACACAAUUAAAUCUCUCUCAACUCUUCACUUGCGAUGGUUGUAAAGAGUACGGUGCCGGAACCAGAUUCUCUUGCCAACACUGCGACUUUCAGCUCCACGACUUCUGUGCUGCCGCCCCUCCCCUCUUAAACAACCAUCCUCUUCACGGUCAACAUCAACUCGUUUUCCACUCCAAACCCAAAUCAGGUGGAAUGUCGUGGCCAACAUGUGACGUUUGUGGCAAAUCAACAAAAGGGUUUACCUUCCGAUGCAGAGCGUGCAACUUCCAGAUGCACCCUUGUUGUGCAAUGCUGUCAACCGAGGUCAACUUUCCGAUCCAUCCCCACCCGUUGAGAGUGCUGCCGCCAUUGAACGGGGCGGCCAUGGAUUGUGGUGAGUGCAAGAAGAGACGAUCCAAGGGUAGAAUAUACCGUUGCACGGUGUGCAGCGAUUACCAUCUUCACGCACUCUGUGCUAAGCCCUUUGUUAACGGCCUCCAAGCUAACGGGAUACCCACACCUGGGAAGCCGACUAGUGCACUUGGGACCGCAGCCCGAUUAGCAUCUCAAGUGGUGAUUGAGUUCAUCGGAGGGCUCAUUGAGGGUAUCGGAGAAGGCAUGGGAGAAGCUCUCGUCCAGAACAUGGUUAGAGGUAGGUGCAUCAGCAGACGCACACGAGUGCGCGAAUAAUCUUGAGCACAAUUUUCUUUUCUUUUUUCCUAAAAUAAUUCAUUCACAUUUGAGAUAUAAAUAUUAAAUAAUGAAAUUUCACUAACAGCAUUAACUUUUAGAUGAGGUGGUCGUCCAACAAUUCCCAUAUAAACAAUGU